CCACCGGUAACUCGCAAACAGAUUACAAUACCCAAGACUCGAACCUCGUCGCACUACACAACAAAAACGAUGAGUACCGCAGUCCAUCAAGAUCGGCCUUUCAGCAGGUCCGUCAGGAAGAUCAAGGUGGCUUCGAUGGUCACCAGCCUUGCCAAAAGCUGGCAAAACUGGGCCAACGACCAUUCCGAUAAGCAAGACACAAUCCCAAGCGGCUGGAUGCCCGACACCAUAAUUGAGGACGAGAAAGAGAAGCAGAAGAAGAGGAGCGAGAUGAAACUUUUGGUCACACCGCGCGUUGUAUCCGUCAACAGUGAAGACGGGGCGGACAAGAUCAAGACAAGAACCGUAACGAAAGCCAUCGCACCGAAUGUUAGCGAAUGUGGUAAAGAUGUAGUUAACACCAUCACAGAAAAAAUCAACACUAAUCAGCUGACAUCAGAGGACAACAAAAACUUCCUAGGCAAUGAAUCUCCAACCAGGAGACGCCAUUGUGGAUGGAAAUCGGCGUUGGCACAAAAGGAGGUCAAGAAAUUGGGAUCUAGACACAGCAGCGUGGAUACGGAGGACAGCGGUCUCGGAGAAGAAGCGUCUUCGAGCGAUAAUAGUGAUCAACAUGAGAAUGAACCAAAGAAACACAUCAGCAGACCUAAGAUUAAGGUGACUACAAUGAACGACCUGAGGAACAGAUGGCAACAGUUUGCAGAAAACCACAUCGAAGGUCAGAAGCUCAAUCCUUUCAGCGAAGAUUUCGACUACGACCACGCCAUGUCGCUUCGACUCCACAAGGGCGACGCGGGAUACGGGAAGCCCAAAGAUGGAUCUAAAACCGCCCAACGAGCCGAUCGAGCCCAGAAACACAUCUAUCGCGAGAUGGAGGAGAUGUGCUUUAUCAUACGCGACAUGGGCAAGCGGGACAAGGAGGGCCGCAUAAGGAUCACCUUCGGCCGUCUGUUCGACCGCUACGUUAAAAUCUCAGAUAAAGUCGUUGGAAUUUUGUUGCGCUGUCGCAAACACAAGAUGGUGGAAUUUGAGGGAGAGAUGCUGUGGAAGGGCCAGGAUGAUGAUGUCAUCAUCACUCUUUUGGUUUAAUGCCGAACUUAAAAACUUUUUUACUCUCAAUUAUAUUUAUUUGGCAAAACCGAAUGCUAAUAGAUCAUAGUAUGGCUUAGUUGCUUAUAACAAGAAAACAAUGAGAGUAAUGUUUUUCUAUACGAAAAUGAACCAAUUUUUGUAGUAACCUUGUUUUUUUGGUAUAUUAAUAUUCACUGGCGAAACCACACUGCAAAAAAGUAAUCAUAUCAAAAUAUGUUUUUGUUUUUCUUUAACUUUAAUUUAGUUAAAUAAUUGCAACUUGUUUUUAAGUUGUGUUAACAAAAUACUAGUCUAAAACGUAAGAUAGUAGGUUUAAUGGACUUUAAUAACCAAUUUGAUUAAACUUGCAUAAAAAAAAUGCAUGAUUUUACUACAGUAACGGUUGUGCUAAAAAAACACGGUUAUUUUGUGGGAAGCAUACAGUAUAGUAAACAUUUUUUUUUUAAUAGUAAAGCCAUUUCAUUUCAAAGCUUAGUUCAUUUUCGUAGGGGUAGUAAUUAUUUUCUUUUAAAGGUUCUUCAUGGAACCAAACAGCCAAUAAGGACCAUUUUAGGAACCUUUAUUUUAAAAAUGGCAAUACUGAAUAUGACGUAAAUAGAUUGCUUGCUCUUGACAGUCUCAAUAUCUAAAACCGUCAUAGCUGGAAUGUCUAUUUAUAAAAUUUUUGGAAGUUUGAAACCAUAGACCCUUGAGAAGGUCCCAGAAAACUCCCAGACGUUAACAUAUGAACUUCUGUGUUCUUUCUGGUACGUGAUAUAUUUUAAAAGUGCCGUCUGUGGAGUUUUAGUGGUUAAAGGCUUCACGUGGUGAAUGAGUGACUCUUUAUUCACAGUUUACACAAGAAGAUUGAGCGUCUCGUGUUUGUCUCUUCGCACGUCAAAUAUCAGGCAUCCUCAGAAUGCCAAUGAGGUCCUGACUGGAUUCACAAAUAAUAUCACAUUGCUUGUAAUCCUUUCGUCUGUAUUGCAUUUCGAUACAAAUCAGUUUGCCCAUGUGAGAAUCUUUAGCGUGCUGAUAUGCAAAAGGUUAUUAUUUUCCUCCUGAACAUUUUAAAUUUAUUUAUUAUUGUUUUAUUGUCUAGUUUAGUGUUGUUUGAUGUAAUUACCUCUUUCAAAAUGAAAGCAUGAUAGUCUUCUUACAGAAGGAUUUGUUAUAAACAUUCGAAGAUAUUUGAUCAUGUGUAGUGUUAAAAACUUAUUUAUUGUUUUGAUCUGGAAAUUAUUCCCUCUCUUUAGGUUAAUAAAACCCAAAGGAGAAAAAACA